UGGUGCUGCGUUCGACGCUUUUCCCGACCUGCUGGCCCCGCUGUCUCUGACGUGGGUCCUCUAUCUUUAUAAAAUACCCUCUGACCUGCCGCCGCUGUGGACCGUAAAGAGCCAAUCGCAACAGUCACUCAAAAGACACACACUGAUCACACCAACGCAGCAAUCGCGCCGCACCUUUCGGAGGCUCAACUCCCAGAUUUGCGAAUCCGCUUCGCACACAGCAGACCAGCCGCGUUUCCUGGACUUCGCUCAGUCAAAAAUAAGCUCGAUACAGCUGUGAGGAACCACUUUUCGCUCAUCAUUAAAUUUCUAUUAUAUCGCAACAGUGCAAUGUAUGCGAGCGCAGUGCUUGUCACAGUGCUGUGCGUCACCGUUUUUUCGACGGGACUGACGAUCCGUAUCCCUGCGGCUGAACACCUUGCGAACUAUGCGGGUUGGCCAUUCAGAGUUUUUGGCCGUCCCCAGCGAAUGCAGCAAAGUCAACAGUCACUGCCAACGCUAGAAACUGAUGCUUUGCACGCGUCCGUAAAAUUUGGCGAGAACGUAGUAGGGAAAUUGGAAAGACUGGAGAAGACCCUGGCAGGGGCAGAUGUUCGAGUUCGUCCUGGAACGCCUUCGCACGGCCAGCUUAUUGCCAGCAACCCCCAUGAAAACGCUUUGGAAAAGCACCGUCACGCUCAGGUUGCCAUCAGGGCAUCUCAACACAUCGCGGACAGCCAGUGCAGAAGGUUGCGUCUGAAAGAACGUUAUUGCGGAGAAUUGAUUAAUACGCUCAGCCUAGAAGGCACAGAUUUACAAAGCCAAUGCGAGUCAACAGUUGAAAUCAUUUGCAACACCACAUCGCCAUACAGAAAUAUCGACGGCACGUGUAACAACAUUAACCAUCCUUCCUGGGGCAGAUCUAUGACAGCCUACAAAAGAAUGAUACCACCGAAAUAUGGAGAUGGUUUGUACAAACUCAGAAAAUCGCACAGUGCUUCAGCUCCAUUGCCAAGUCCUAGGGAAAUUAGUAUAUCGCUGAUAUCGGAUAAGGACAAACCAGAAAAAGAGGUCACCGCAGCCGUCAUGCAAUGGGCCCAGUUUGUUGGAAUUGAUCUUGCACAAACACCGUCUGCCAAAAUGAUUUUUACUGGGAGUUCAAUAUCAUGCUGUAAACCUGACGGCAGCAACCUUCCACCCCGAUCUGUCCACCCAUUCUGCGCACCGAUUGCAGUACCAUCGGAUGACCCAGUUUUCAAUGAUCGUCAGUGUUUGGACUAUGUUCGGUCAGUGACUGCCCCUAGACCCGAUUGCAAAUUUGGGCCAGCUGAACAAAUGAACCAAGCAACUCACUGGCUAGACUUGUCUAUGGUGUACGGCAUAACAAAAGAAAUUAGCGACAAACUUCGAACACACUCAAAUGGCCACCUAGCUACAAGCCCUGGACCUGCACGUCCUCUUAUGGCUCUUUCCCUUGAGCCAACCAGUGACUGCCAAGGGACAAUUAAGCCUAUAGGCCCUUGUUUUAAAUCUGGCGACAGCCGUGUGAACGACCAACCUAUGCUGACAGCAUUGCAAACAGUCUGGGUGCGCGAGCACAACCGACUGGCUGAUGCACUGCAUGCACUGAACCCGCAAUGGGGCGACGAAACGCUUUUCCAAGAGGCAAGGCGAAUCACGAUCGCGGAAUAUCAGCACAUUACCUACGAUCAAUGGAUACCAUUGCUGUUGGGUGACUUGUAUUCAAAACAAAUGGGACUGCAAAAAUCUGAUUAUUCAGAAAGUGUAAACCCUGCAGUGAGAAACAGUUUUUCUACAGCAGCGUUACAGUUCUUGUACUCAAUGAUCCCAGGCAAUAUUAGUUUGUUUAGUCCUGAACGCCGUUCCAAUACCACAUUGAGAUUGCGAGAGCAUUUCAAUAAGCCAGGAGUUAUACAGAAGCAAGGUAUACUCGACCAACUGUUGAGAAUGUUGGCAACGCAGAGUGCGCAAAAAGUUGAUUUGAUACACACAGAAGAGGUAACACACGGAUUUUAUGCUGGAGAAUUGUCAAAUCUGGGUGCGGAUGCACUGAGCAUUGUUGUGCAACGAGGCAGAGACCAUGGACUGCCAGGCUACAAUGAUUUUAGGAGCGCCUGCGGUCUGCCGAGAAUGUCGUGCAUUGACGAAUUUGCUGACCUGCUCCCAAAAACGGUGGUGAACUUGUUAAAGACUCUGUACGCAAAUGUGAACGACGUCGAUCUCUAUGUCGGCGCCAUGGCUGAACGGCUUGUCGACGGCGCCUUAGUCGGCCCAACUUUUCGCUGCCUGCUGGGAAGGCAGCUGCGCGACACCCGCAAGUCUGACCGAUUCUUCUACGAUCUCCAAGGGCAAGCUGGUUCCUUCACCCCAGAACAAUUGGCGAGCAUAAAGAAGGUCACUUUGGCUCGGAUUUUCUGCAACAACGGAGACGACAUCAAAAUGAUGCAACCAGACGUCUUCUACAAGCCAACCACAAGGGGAAGCUUAGCUGCCAACCCGAAAACUGCGAGUGUGACCCACUGCUCUGAAUUGGCUGACCUUGACCUAUCACCAUGGAGAGAAGCUAAUCAGAAGUAAAUUUAGAUUUUUGCCCCCGAGAGUAACUGAUUACAGCAGUCGUAAGCACAAGCAACAGACUAAUCGAAUUUCAUUGUAGAUACUCAGGUGUUAUAUUAUACAUACAUACUAGUUGUAAGGAAUUUUGUACUGAUAUUUUUAAGCCUGCAGUUCUUAGCCUGCAGCUGUCCUAAUUUUCCUGUCGUCAUGUUGUUAUGCUCUACCAUCUAUUGUAAAUAAUUUGUAAGCGACGAAAAAAAGUAAGCGAUAUGAUAUAUAUAUAUAUAUAUGCAACAGUAAACUGCAGCCAGCAAAAUAUUAUUCUUCAAUCAACACACAAUUCAACCUUUAAGUGUUCAUUCAAAUACCAUAAUAUUAUAAGACUAGAUUUAAAUGUUUUAAUUCUAAAACAGGUAUGUAUUAAACCUGUUUAGAUGGUUCACCAUCAAUGCUUUUCAAGACAUUCAUAUUACAUUAGAAAAUGCUUCACUAAUUUAGAGAAAUUAUUAAUAAAUACAUAUUGUAUACCAAAUGAAACACCCCGUUUGCUUUUUGUUGGAGAUGACCCCAUUAUCAGCUGUAAUUCGUAUAAUUGCAUACAUACAUACUGAAUUUAUAACAAAAUAAAUCAUUCUAGUAAUAAUAAU